AUGUUCGAUUCCCGCGUGGCAGAGCCAUUGGCCGUUGAUACCGGAUCUGCGCUGGCGACUAAGACCAACACCUAUACGGCCACUUUCGAGUACCCCGACGAACAAGUCACGACCCCCACCACUGGCUCACGGAGCCGUGCGAAUAGCCUAUCCUUCCAACAGUCCUCCCUCACCGCCAACCAAUCGCCCACACGGCGUAUCUCCUCAAUGAAGCUCACCACGGAUGGGCGCUAUACGCCCAGCCCCGAACCGCCUCCGGCGCUGUUCGUGCGGGCUAUGUAUGAUUACGAUGCCGACGAUCACACCAGUCUCAGCUUCCGCCGAGGCGACAUUAUACAGGUAUUGAACCAGCUCGAGACCGGUUGGUGGGACGGUGUCAUCGACAAUAACUUGGGCGAGCUUGAAGAACAGGGACCGCAGACCCACGAGAAUGAGGAAGUUAGUGCGGAGUCAGGCAUUGGCGAGGAAUACGAGGAGGAACAAGACGGUGAUGAUGUUGACUCAGCGGGCAAUCCGCGCGACUCGCAGCCCAUUCUGCCUAUCGAGGGCGUAGGAGCUCCCAAGGAGCAGGAGGAGGCAGCCUUCUGGAUCCCACAGGCGACACCUGAUGGCCGUCUAUUCUAUUUCAACACCCUUACCGGCUACAGUACCAUGGAACUUCCGUUCGAAAAUCCCGCUGUCAACGAGACUGGCCCUUAUGACCGCAACAACUUCCUCGUGCCCGACCAGACGCGACCUCCUCCGGAGCUGAUGGCUCGUGGGUUCGAACGGGACGAGGAUGAUUACGAUGGCUCAGCUUCGGAAGCGGAAGGCGAGUCCUUGAUGCUUACAUCUCGCGAUUCCAUGUCUCGGAGACGCCAGUCCUACUUGGACGGAGUUUCACCCGCGACGUCCAUGGACUCGCUGCACCCACCAUCUGCGACAAAGUCCAUCAACGACGGAAAAAGUUCGCAUCAGUCCCUUCUGACAUCGCACAAGUUCUAUGAUUCUGCCACGAGCAGUAACAACUCCGUCUCCGAUAAUAUCCACAGGCCUUCCGUCUCCUCUGAAGUUCCGUCGCAUUUCGUUGACGACGGGUUCUCUGUUCAGUUGACCUGGCCUCUGCUUGUUGACAAUAUGCGCCAUGCCGUUGAGGUCUACCGGCAAACGCUGUUGAACGGCGACCGCUCUGAGUAUGUGAGGAAAGCGGAGGAUAUUUCCGACCAUCUGCGCAUGCUGCUGGCGGCUGGCUCGGACACGACCGACAAUCACUCCGGAAACCCAUCAGUGAUCUCCACCAACAAGGCGCUAUAUCCCCACUUCAGGGAUAUGAUGUCAAAAUUCUCGAAGCUCGUGCUCUCGUCCCACAUUGCGGCCGCCGAUUGGCCAGGACCGGAUUCCAUCAAUAAAUGCUUGCAAGAGGCAGAUGGUGUGAUGCAGGGCGUCUACGGCUACGUCGAGGUUGCAAGACAACAGCGUGGCGAGACCAUCCAUCGCAUUGUUCCUGGAUUCGUCGUGGGCAGCUUUUCGGGCGGCUGCUGGCAGAAUAAUGGCGUCUCUCUUAGUGAUUCGGGUCCGACUUCGUUUCUGGAUCACGACGCAAAUGAUUCGCGGGCGGAGCCAUCAGUGACCCUGGAUGCGGCCCUUAUAGACCACAUUGAUAUUCUCAGGAGAUCCUUUGUUGGCAGCAUUCGUCGGCUGGAAGAGCGACUGACACUUAACCAGAAGAAGAUUGUUACCAUUAAAGAGCACGAGGAAAUUGCGAAUGCUGUUUCUCUUGCUGCAAUCAAGGUCGUUGAGCAGUUCCGCCCGUGGAUGUCGGCAGUUGAAUCUAUUAACCUAGCACCCCUCGGGACUAGCUUCCAAAAUCCACAACUGGUUGAUUUCAGCUUGCAAAAGCAAAGAACCUACGAUGCCAUUGCCGACUUCGUACUCAGCUGUCAAGCCGUUUCGGCGCCACUGGGCGAUGAAUGGGCAGAACUACGAGGUAAUUCGCUUGAUGACCGAUUGAAUGCCGUGCGUGGCGUUCACCGGCAGCUUGAGAACUAUGUUUCCCAAAUCGGCUUCUCCCUUUCACUGCUCCUCGAACAAGUGCCCGAACCUUCUGCCUUCCGCGCGGAAAGUCGCCUGGGUGGGGAGAAUGCGGGGCUGAAGGCCAUUCACAGCAGGUCGGAGUCCCAAGCUGGAGUCGCCACCGAGUCCAUUGGUAUUCCCUCUUCUUACUCGGUUGAAAACGCGUCAGAGAAGGUGCGACGCAACAUGGACAAGGCCCAGCGAUUCUUUGGACAGGCUCCUCCGGCUGCAAUUCCACGAGAACCUGCAAUGCGGGAACCGGUCCGCGAGCCGGAAGAAACGCCCUGGUUCCUGAAAACAGAUCACGAAGGUGAAGUGUUCUACGAUACUAAGAAUGAUAGCCUCAACUUGAAAUGUGGAACAUUGGCAGGCUUAGUGGAACAAUUGACUCGCCAUGACAAGCUUGAUGCUUCCUUCAACAACACGUUCCUCUUAACCUACCGCUCAUUUACAUCUGCAGAGGAGCUCUUCGAGAUGGUUACCGAACGGUUCAAUAUUCAGCCCCCGCCCGGUCUCAACAACGACGAGAUGCAAAUGUGGAUCGACAGAAAGCAAAAACCCAUUCGAUUCCGCGUGGUCAAUAUCCUGAAGAGUUGGUUCGAGAAUUUCUGGAUGGAACCCAAUGAUGAGCCACACAUGGCGCUGCUUCAGCAUGUUCAUGCGUUUACCAAGGAUUCUAUCGCUACGACAAAGACUCCUGGAUCACCGCAGCUGUUAGCUGUCAUAGAGCAACGCCUCCGUGGACAAGAUAAUACCGUUAAGCGUCUCGUGCCUACGCAGGCUACUGCAGCGCCAACGCCGAUCAUCCCGAAGAACAUGAAGAAGCUGAAGUUCUUGGACAUCGAUGCCACAGAGUUCGCCCGGCAGCUCACUAUUAUCGAGUCGCGUCUCUACUCGAAGAUUCGGCCUACGGAGUGCUUGAACAAGACCUGGCAGAAGAAAGUCGGCCCUGACGAACCGGAACCUGCCUCGAAUGUGAAGGCACUGAUUCUUCAUUCCAAUCAGUUGACAAACUGGGUCGCGGAGAUGAUUCUCAAUCAAUCGGAUGUUAAGAAGCGUGUAGUUGUUAUCAAACACUUCGUUAACGUCGCAGAUAAAUGCCGCGCUCUGAACAAUUACUCCACGCUGACAUCGAUCAUCUCUGCACUUGGAACGGCUCCUAUUCAUCGACUUGGACGCACAUGGGCUCAGGUCAGCGGACGCACGUCUACCGUUCUCGAACAGAUGCGCCGACUCAUGGCUAGCACGAAGAACUUUGGUGAAUAUCGGGAGACUCUGCAUCUGGCUAAUCCACCUUGUAUCCCCUUCUUUGGUGUCUACUUGACGGAUUUGACUUUCAUUGAAGAUGGUAUUCCAUCCCUGACUCCGUCGGAGUUGAUCAAUUUCAAUAAGCGCGCCAAAACCGCCGAGGUCAUCCGCGAUAUUCAGCAGUACCAGAACGUCCCGUACCUGCUCCAGCCGGUCCCUGAAUUGCAGGACUAUAUCCUCAGCAACCUGCAGAAUGCAGGCGAUGUGCACGACAUGUACGAUCGGAGCUUGGAAGUUGAACCCAGAGAGCGGGAGGACGAAAAAAUUGCGAGUGCUCGCCUCGCCUCGAUUCUCGCUUCUCCGCCGGGGCUCCUUAUCACCACCCCGGUCGACCUGCUAUUCACUCGGCCAGAUCCCGAACGACCACCUAUCACAAUGCUUGAACGACGUCCGAUGGCGCGAUCGCAAUUCACUCCAGCCACGCCAUGCAACUUUAUUUCUCAGGGGGCUGGUCCCAUGAGCCGCCAAAUUCCUCGAUCCGAACCUCCCUUCCGACGGGUUUCUCCCUUAUCUCUGUCUGCCGCCACCUGGCCAAUCAAGCACUUCACCUGGACAUCAUGCGACAUUUUCACCCUGAUUCUUGGCCUCGCCUGGACGAUCGUCAUCUCCCUGAUUGAAUACUGUGGCAGCCGUUGCACAAGAAGCUCGAGCAAUGUUACCUUGAGUCCGAAAGAUGCUCCUGUCACUUUCAGCUCUCAUGAUCAUCAGUCCAUGGACUACUGGUUCUGA